UGCUGGGCUGGCAGGGGACAGAGACCCGGAGCCAAGGCAGGGAGAAGAAGCCAGCAGAGCAUGACCAGCCCCAAAUAAGAAGCUCAAGAGAAACAGCAGGGCCUUGGGCCGCACCUGUCAGCCAAGUGGACCCUCAGAGGAUGUCUGAGGCCCAGAUGCAGGUGGCCCCCACACCAACCAUCCGGAUGGCGACUACACAGGACCUGCCCCUCCCUCCACCCCCGGCCCCGGAGGACCUGCCCCUGCCACCACCCAAGGAGUGCUUCUCCAAGUUCCACCAGCAGCGGCAAGCGAGCGAGCUCCGCCGCCUCUACAGGCACAUCCACCCCGAGCUCCGCAGGAAUCUGGCUGAGGCCGUGGCUGAAGACCUGGCUGAGGUUCUGGGUUCAGAGGAGCCCACCGAGGGUGACGUCCAGUGCCUGCGCUGGAUUUUUGAGAACUGGCGGCUGGAUGCCAUUGGGGACCAUGAGAGGCCAUUUGCCAAGGAGCCUGUGCCUGGCGGUGAUGUCCAGGGCACCUCCCGCAAGUUUGAGGAAGGCACCUUUGUCCACAGCACAGACCAGGAGCCAGCCGGACCAGAGCCACACAGGGGGGACGUCCGUGCCACCCGCUGGCUGUUUGAGACAAAGCCGCUGGAUGAGCUGACGGGCCAGGAGGCUCUGGAGGCUACCGUGAGGGGGCCUGAGGUCAGUGGGGACGUCCAGGGCGCCAGGAUGCUCUUUGAGACCCAGCCACUGGACCGCCUAGGCUCCCGCCCCUCCCUCCAAGAGCAGAGCCCCUUGGAGCUGCGCUCAGAGAUCCAGGAGCUGAAGGGUGAUGUGAAGAAGACAGUGAAACUGUUCCAGACGGAGCCGCUCUGUGCCAUCCAGGAUGCAGAGGGUGCCAUGCACGAGGUCAGGGCUGCGUGCAGGGAGGAGAUCCAAAGCCACGCAGUGAGGACCGCCCGCUGGCUCUUCGAGACCCAACCGCUGGAUGCCAUCAACGAGGACCCCAGCCGGGUGCGGGUGAUCCGGGGGAUCUCCCUGGAGGAGGGGGCCCGGCCCGAUGUCAGUGCAACCCGCUGGAUCUUUGAGACACAGCCACUGGAUGCCAUCCGGGAGACUGUGGUGGACGAGAAGGACUUCCAGCCUUCCCCAGACCUUAUUCCUCCUGGUCCGGAUGUCCAGCAGCAGCGGCAUCUGUUUGAGACCCGAGCUCUAGACACUCUAAAGGGGGAAGAGGAGGCAGGGGCAGAGGCCCCACCCAAAGAGGAAGUAGUCCCUGGCAAUGUCCACUCUACCCUGUGGCUCUUUGAGACGAAGCCCCUGGACACCCAAAGAGAUGAGGUCCAAGUGGGUCACCUGCAAUGUGUGGGUCCCCGGGAGAACUUGGGGCUCGUGCACGAGCGUCCAUCCAGUGAUGGCCCCUCAGCACUGUCCAGCUCCCAGGGUGCCCCCCAGGGGGAGGGGGUGAAGGGUGAUGUGAAGACCUUCAAGAGCCUUUUUGAGACCCUUCCUCUGGACAGCAUUGGGCAGGGUGAGGUUCUGGCUCACAUGAAUGUGAGCAGAGUGGAAGGCACUGAUUCUGUGGGGCAGUCCCAGGACGUGGGGUCCCCAGUGUAUGCCAUGCAGGAUGGCAAAGGCCACCUCCAUGCCCUGACUUCUGUCAGCAGGGAGCAGGUAGUUGGAGGUGACGUGCAGGGCUACAGAUGGAUGUUUGAGACACAGCCCCUAGACAAACUGAGCAGAAGCACCAGUACCGUCGAUGUUGUGCGGGGCAUCACCCGGCAGGAAAUGGUGGCUGGGGACGUGGGCACUGCCCGGUGGCUCUUUGAGACCCAGCCCCUGGAGGUAAUCCACCAGCGGGAGCAGCAGGAACGGCAGGAAGAAGAGGGAAAGGGUCAGGCAGGCCCCCAGCCUGAGGCACCUCUGAAGGGUGAUGUGCAGACAAUCCGGUGGUUGUUUGAGACAUGCCCAAUGAGUGAGUUGGUGGAAAAGCAGGGCUCAGAGGUCACAGAUCCCACAACUAAGGCCAAGGCACGGUCCUGCACCUGGAUGUUCACACCCCAAGCCCUGGACAGGCCUGAAGGCUCCAGGGAACAGCACCUGCAGGUUAGCCAGAUCCAGGCUGGGGAAAGACAGACUGAUGGAAGAGUCUUUGAGACUGAGCCUCUGUGGGCCCCAUGCCAGCCCUGUGGAAGAGGGCCUGUACGACACUGCAGCAGAGUGGAGAUCCCUUCCGGGCAGGUGUCUCGUCAAAAAGAGGUUUUCCAAGCCCUGGAGGCAAGCAAGAUGGAAGGGCCAGGGUCCAGGGAAAUCCCUGAGCCCAUCUCUGCGGGCUCUGUGCACAAGUUCACCUGGCUCUUUGAGAAUUGUCCCAUGGGCUCCCUGGCAGCUGAAAGCAUCCGAGGGGGCAACCUCCAGGAAGAACAGCCCAUGGGGCCCUCCAGCAAUGGGGUGCGGGAGAAGCCGGAGACUGCAGCCAAGGGGACCCUGUGGACUCUGCAUGCCACACCUGGCAUCCUGCACCAUGGAGGCAUCCUCAUGGAGGCCCGAGGGCCUGGGGAGCUGUGCCUUGCCAAGUAUGUGCUCCCAGGUCCAGGGCAGGGGGCGCCCUGCAUACAGAAGGAGGAGCUGAUGUCUGGUGAACUUCCCCGGAUUGUCCGCCAAGUGUUGCGCCGGCCAGACGUGGACCAGCAGGGGUUGCUGGUUCAGGAGGACCCAGCGGGCCAGCUCCGGCUCAAGCCACUGAGGCUGCCAGCUCCCAGCAGCAGUGGGAAUGUUGAGGACAUGGAUCCUGAGUUCCAGCAGUUGCUGGCUUGUGGCCUGGGGACUUCCAUAGCAAGGACUGGGCUGGUGAUGCAGGAGACAGAGCAGGGCAUGGUCGCACUGACCGCCUACUCCUUGCAGCCCCGGCCAGCUGGCAGGGCCCCUGAGAGGAGUAGUGUGCAGUUGCUGGCCAGCUGCAUAGACAAAGGAGACCUGAGUGGCCUGCACAGUCUGCGGUGGGAGCCUCCGUCUGAUCCAAGUCCAGUGCCAGCCAGCGAAGGGGCCCAGAAGCUGCCUCCAACUGAGAGCAUCAUCCAUGUUCCCCCCCUGGACCCCAGCAUGGGGAUGGGGCAUCUGAGAGGCCCGGGAGUCACCCCUUCCCCCACACAGGCCAUUGGAAAGGCAGUCUCUCUAACUAAGGAAGACAGUUGCACUGGGCAGAAAGGGAUGGCAGCUUUGCAAAAGUCAGGAACGACUUUACUCCCCGGGCCCAGGGCCCCAGACCUUGGGGUCACCAAGCAGAGUCUGCAGAUGGCAACAGCUGAAGCCCAAAACCUGAACCAGCAGGUCCUGAAAAAGCACUGGCAAGGUCUCAGCCUGAGAGCCACUUCCAUGCCCUUCCAGGAGGGUCGUCUGCAAGCACCCAUCAAGGCUGCUGUGGCUACCCAGAGCAACACUGGCCCUAUAGUUGGAGGUGACCCCAAGAUCCCAGCAGCCUCCAGAAAGGUCAGUGGGGAACAGAAAGCACUGUCUGGAGGACUACCUGGGGGGUGGGUGACCAUUCAGGAUGGCAUCUACACUGCUCGCCCCGUGAGGACCUUUGACCCACCUAGGGGUGUCCAGCCUUCUGAGGGGGGACGCUCACCAAGGGGCAGGGAGACCACCGUCUCAGCCCAGGCUCCAAGCCCACUCCAGGAAGUUCCAGGCCAGGGUCUCCAGCCUGGCUGGGAGGAGCCUAGGGGUCCAGAGCAGGUGACAGCAGGAGUUGGCCCUCGGGGCCUCCAAGCCACCGAGACCACACUGAAGCCUGCCCUGCUAGCCCACCAGACUCCGGCCUCUGGGCCUCAGGCUGCAGGUGCCUGCCGGCACUCCCAUAAUGCCUGUGUUCCUCCUCCUCCUCCUCUCCCAGCUGCUGUGACAGGACCUGACUUCCCAGCCCAAGCCUGCCAUGCUGAAGACACCAUCAGGCAGGUCUCCGAGCCCCUGCAGGACCCCCUUCUCCACUCCCACAGCAGCCCUGCUGGCCAGAGAACCCCUGAGGAAUCACAGACAAAGACCCUGAAACUGGAGCCCACCCUUCCCUCAAAGAAGAAGCCUCAGCUGCCCCCCAAACCUGCACACCUAAGCCAGAUUCCCCCUCCUCAGAGGCUGCCCAGGCCCUUGGCUCCAUCUCUCAACUCCUCCAAGGUGAGGCAAGGAGAGUACACACAAGGUGAGACAGAUGCAGCCAUUCCUCGGCCGGCCAAGGUCCCCACCAUUCCAGGCCUGGGACACAUAUCUCUGGCUGGGCAUCCUGGGGGUCAGAGCCAGCCCAGCCCCCAAGAUGGCCCUGAGUGCAGCAAGAGUCAACCUGCAGGCAGAAGGGCCCAGAGCCCUAAGCCUCCCACGCUCUCGGCUCUCAGCAGUGACCCCACCUCAUCCCAGCAGAGAAGCCCCCCAGGAGACAAGCCCACAGAAGUUUCCCAGCAAGGCGCCCCUGAGGGAUGCCAGCAACGGCUGCAGGGCCUCCUGAGCCAGGGGCAAACCCCAGAGAAGGAGGCUGCAAGCAGUGUGGACGUAGGGGCACUGCGGAGGCUCUUUGAGGCUAUGCCCCAGCUGGGAGUGACCCCUCAGCCUCCUGCUGCCCCCAGCAAGCCCGAGCCCUCGGUGGAGCAGGCCUUUGGGGAGCUGACAAAGGUUAGCACGGAGGUGGCCCGGCUGAAGGAACAGACCCUGGCCAGGCUGCUGGACAUUGAGGAGGCUGUGCACAAGGCCCUCAGCUCCAUGUCCAGCCUGCAGCCAGAGGUUAGCACCAGGGGCCAUUCGCAAGGACCUAUAAAGGACCACAGUUCCUGCAAGGUCAGUGUCAUGGACAGCAGUAGAUCCAGGCCCAACUGCUCAGGCCAGGAGGUCAGAGGUCAAACCAAAGUCAAGAGCCAAACUGAGGUUACAUGCUAUACUGAGGUCCAGAGCCAAGCCAAGGUCAGAAACCACACAGAGUUCAGAGGUCAAGCAGCUUCCACCACCCCUUCCACUAGGAGGCUAGGGACAUUAAGAGAAAAGCCAACCUUUCCUCAGGUCUGCCUCCCAGCAGAGUCACCCUCCUCCCCAACCUUCAUCUCCAUCCAGUCAGCCCCAAGGAAGCUUCUAGAGGCUCCCAGCCCCAGGGUCAGCCCCAAUAUCUCAGCAAAAAGCACACACUGGGCCCAGGAUGUGAGCCAGGCCCUGAUCCACCAGAAAGGUGUCCAGGACAAGGCUGGGAAGAAGGCCACCCAGUGCUCUAGGCAGCCGGAGCCCGCCCCAGUCUCAGCCGGCGCCCUGCCCACGGGGCGGCAGAGGAGCACUCUGGAGCUGCAGACAAGGACCCUGACAGAGCAGGAUGAGGAGGUGGGCCAGUGUGGGAGCACAGUAAUGGCAUCCUGCUCUGAGGUCACUGAGGGAGCAGAGCUGCCCAGGGACCCAGGCCCCCACCUUGGGCUCCAUGCCUCCCCCUUGCUCCAGCAGUUCCUGCACAGUCCAACGGGGCUCAAAGGGGGCCAGGCAGCGGCUGGGGUGGCAUGUGUGCCCGGUGGCCACUCUCAGUCAGCAGCCCAGUGAGCCCCUCUGCCUUCCAGCACAGCCUCCAAUCUGUCACACUGGCAUGCCUCUCUCCAAGGCCCCAAGACUGAGGCGGGUACCCACCUCCUGCACACACAGGGCAGGACCAAGAAGAAAGGGCAUCUUCUGAGACUUGUGGGCAGGUUCCUUUCCCUCAGUUCCAUCAGUAGGCCUGGUUUUUGCAACAAGGGGCAAAAAGGCUGGGAAGAGGCCCCCAGUCACAUGGGCAUGGGAGUAGGAAGGAGGCUCGCCGCUGCUUGUGGAGGAUGUCAUGUGGAGACACCUGCUCAACAGGCCUGGCCCACAUACAGGCACAUGUGAAUCUGCAUGCCACUGCACUGCCUGGGGCAGGGCCCCUGAACAACACUCUUCCCUCAGCCUGCCUUUCUUUUACUAGAGUCAAAACGUCCUCAGCCAUCACUCCCUUAUUCCUGGAGAGGACAGGGCCAACUGGACAUGGGGCUGGUCUGUUUGGGAUUGGUCUCAGGGCCCCCUUCAUCGCCAUCAUUUAGCGGGUCAUCCCAGAAGCUCAAAGGUUACAUGGAAAGUGCUGGCAAUCAGCCACAUCCCUAGAAGCCAAAGAGCCUGCCUCUCUACCCCCUGCCCCUCACUCUGCACCCCAAAUGGGAAGGAUACCACCUGAAUAAACCCAAGUUUUGUUCUGUC